AUUGGCCUAAAUGAGUCUACUCCGUCAGGAUAUUCAUAUAAGUAUGAGCCCCGUCAGACAGGUCGUGGUGGUGGUGUUGCAACGAUUUAUAAUAAUUCUCUUACCGUUACUCAGAAAACAGGAUCCAGGUUUAACUCAUUUGAAGUGCUUGACCUUAAAGUUGCACUCUCAGACAGGCAUAAAAAAUCCCUACUAUAUCUUGCUCUGGCCACCGUGUAUAGACCCCUGGGGCCUUACGGUGUUUUACUUAAUGAGUUUUCACAUUUACUCUCAGAUCUUUUGAUCAGUUUUGACAAAGUGUUAAUCGUAGGAGACGCAUUUAUAGAUUUACUAAAUUCCUUUGGGGUUAAACAAAACAUUAAUAGACCAACUCAUCGUUUUAAUCAUACACUAGACUUAGUUAUAUCACAUGGGACUGAUGUUUCCAAUAUAACCGUUCUACCUCAAAGUGAUGACAUCACAGACCAUCAACUCUUAGUGUACACUCUACGUGUAGAACAUAUUAGACACGUCUCUCCACAUUAUAAACUUGGUAAAACUAUAACUCCGACCACUAAAGACAGAUUUACAAACAAUCUGCCAGAUCUGUCUCAACUUCUUACUAGACCCCGAAAUGCAGAUGCACUAGAUGAAGUAACCAACAGCAUAGGAAAUUUUUUACCAGCACACUAGACACUGUUGCCCCCAUCCGACUAAAAAAGGUCAGAGAUAAAACACCUGCACCAUGGUACAAUAGUCAUACUUAUGCCCUCAAGAGAGCAACCCGUAACCUCGAGCGAAAGUGGAGAAAAACCAAAUUAGAAGUUUUUAGAAUUGCGUAUAAAGACAGUCUGGCCAACUAUAGACAGGCUCUAAAAGCUGCUAGGGCUGAGCAUCUGAGCAAUCUGAUUGAAAUAAACCAGAACAAUCCCAGAUUCUUAUUUAGUACAGUGGCUAAACUAACAAAGCAUCAGAUUUCUGGAGAGAGUAUUUCAGCACAGUUUAGUAGUGAGGACUUUAUGAAUUUCUUCACUAAAAAAAUUGAUAGUAUCAGGAACAAAAUAUUGGAUGU